AUGCAGGACGCCGUCUUCCCGAUCGUCAGGACUUCCUUGGUAACAUUGGACUUCUCUAAGCAGGAAGAGCUUCCAGGGGCAAAGGUCAAUCUGCACAUAGAAGCUGCCCCUGGUGCUCUGUGCUCCAUCCGUGCUGUGGACAAGAGUGUUCUCUUGCAGAUGAACCAAACUCUGACACCAGAAUCAGUGUAUAGGAGUCCUUACCCUUAUCUUGAAGCCAUGAAUGCAAGAGUAUUUCACUUUUAUUUGGAAGAUUUUGAGCGCUAUCCUUGUCUUCCUUUAAAGAGUGAAAGGCAAAAAAAGCAUUUGAUAGCUCCCUGAUUUCAAAGUCAGGCUGAUGUUUACAGUCUGUUCAAGGUUCUUGGACCUUCAUAUAGGAAGCAGCCGGACUGGUUUGAUGAAAACGAUGAAGAGAUUAAGGCCUUGCUUGAUGAAAAACACCACCUCUAUUAUGAAAUCCAGACGUUUGCUGAUAGAAGCGACACCAAACGGUUCUAUGAAGCCCUUAGAUCCCUCGAGGAAGGGAAAGCAGUUCAUCCAGUCACUGUUCCAGACACAAUCACGGAGUGGAACGCAAAUGCAUUCUGUCUGGCAGAUAUAGGCUUUGGCCUCUCCCAAUUAACCACAAUCAGGGUGUUCCAGCCCUUCUUCAUUGAUCUGACUUUGCCGUAUUCUGUGAUUCGGGGAGAGACUUUCCAGAUAAAGGUCAUGGUCUUUAAUUUCCUCAAGGACUGUAUCCAGGUGAGAGUGACCCUGCUAGAGUCCGAGCAGGUGGAGGUGAAACCAUGUCCUGACUGCCUGUUCACCACCUGCCUGUGCACUGAAGAAGCCAAGGUCUUUUCCUGGAACGUGACAGCUACCCAGCUGGGGCAUGUGAACAUCUCAGUGAGAAGUGAGGCUGAGGAGACCCAAGAAUUGUGUGGCAACAAGAUCUCUGUCACUCCCACGCAUGGCCGGUCAGACACAGUGAUCAAAUCUUUACUUGUCAAGCCAGAAGGUGUCCUUGAAGAAAAGACCCAGAACAUUUUCCUGUGCUCUUCAGAAGAAGCAGCAUCUGAAGAAGUUUUCCUAACAAUGCCAGAAGUAGUAGUGCAGGAUUCUGGGUGGGCCAUCGUAUCUGUCAUCGGAGAUAUUAUGGAUGCUGCACUAGAAAAUAUAGACCAUCUGCUUCAGAUGCCCUUUGGCUGUGGUGAGCAGAAUAUGGUCAAGUUUGUUCCCAACAUUGUGGUACUCCAGUACUUGAAAGAAACCAAUCAGGUGACUCCAGAGUUAAGGAAUCGGGCAAUAGAGCACAUGAAGAGUGGGUAUCAAUGGCAGCUGCUUUAUAAGCACGACGAUGGCUCCUAUAGUGCCUUUGGGAAAUGUGACAAAGAGGGAAACACUUGGCUGACUGCAUUUGUGGCCAAAGCUUUUGGCCAGGCAAAGUGCUACAUCUAUGUGUAUGAAAAGCAUAUUGAGAAUGCCGUGGACUGGUUGAGGAAACACCAACUUCCCAGUGGCUGCUUUCAAAGUGUGGGGAGGCUCUUUAACAAUGCCCUGAAGGGUGGUGUGGAUGAUGACCUCUCUCUGACCGCUUAUGUCACUGCCUCUUUGCUGGAGCUGCACCUAGAGAAGAAUGGGAGCCUGGUAGAUGAUGCCUUACUCUGCCUGAAGAGGAACCUGAACUUUAUGAACAGCAUCUAUUCCAAGGCUUUGCUGGCUUAUGUCUUCACAUUGGCUGGGGACACAGGGCUCCAGCAACAGCUCCUCAGAGAUUUAGAGGAGAAGGUUCUCAAAACAGGUAGGAGCGAGGAUGAGGAGGAUCGCCCGGGGCAUUCCAGCCGGCUGUUGGAACAGGCAAUCGGCAUGAUGAAGAUAGCCCUCGACUCCAUGAAAGAGGAGAAAGCUGAACCCUACCGAGGCACCAUCUGUCUGUGGUACAGCAAGAAAGGAAAUGAAGGGGAGCCUGAACCUGAGACUUCGAACUCAGCCAAAGAAACCAGCGAGCCUGCCACAGUCACCACUGCUGCAGCCACCCCACAUUGCAUGGAGGCCACCAGAGAGAGAGGGAAGUACGGAAAACCGCCAGCGAAGCCGAAGGAGAUGGCCAUGAAAGGCACGGAUACCGCUGAGUUCCCCGCCUCAGCCCAGCGAGGAAAGGGAACUCUGGCCUACACAGUGGGAGCAUCCAACUCAUCCGAUGACAACUCUGAGGAUGAACCCCUGCCUUAUAAAGGACAUCAUUACAAUUCCCAUUUUGGCAGUAAUAUGAAAAUUGCUCAUAAGCACUUUUCUCAAAGCGUUCUUGACAGAGUCCCACACUUCUCAGAUCCAAGGCAUCCACUCCUGCAGGUGACAAGGAGAGGGGUCCCCCUGUGGGCAUUCAGGGAUCGGGACAAACUCCACUCCGUGCACAACCCGAAAGGGGGCAAAGCCGGUGCUACUGUGGACCGUGUUGUUGUAUGCCAGCUCAGCGAACGGCAGGAGGUCAGCCCAGUUCGUCUGUUGAUAGUCAACGUAACACCUCAAACUGUCCUUCGGUAUAACCAACCACUGCAGAAGACAGAUAGUUUUACUUUGAAUGUGGAAACAUUCCCAAAUGUGUGCAACUUCAUCUCCUGGAAGCGUUUUGUUAUCCUGCUAGAAUUGAGCUACAUAGGUCAACGAGAGACAAGUAAUAUGGCCCUAAUAGAAGUGAAUAUGGUAUCAGGAUUCAUUCCUCUGGAGAAAUCUGUGAAGAAGCUGGAAGGCAAAGGCCAAGUAAAGAAAAUAGAACUUGAUCAAGACAAAAUCACGAUGUACCUUGAUCAGUUGGAUAAUACAGUUCAAAACUACAAUUUUGAUGUGGUACAAGAACAUGAAAUAACAGAUCUUAAGCCUGCAAUAAUUAAAGUUUAUGAUUAUUACCAUCCAGAUGACAAUACUGUUGUUGAAUAUAACGCUCCUUGCAGUGAAGGUAAAGAUGAUGUAGGAAUGCUUUUACAAAUUUUUGUCUAUUACAGUACUGAUUUGCAGAUUGUCUUCUUUCCCAGAUUAUGGUUCAAUUCAUAG